AUGACGCAUGAUCACGUGCACAAACGUACUCUUUCCAAGGACAAUCUAAAAAGCGCUGCUAUGAUUGCAGGCGGUUAUCUCAUUUUUUCGGCAGCAGUCUGGUCCGUAUUUGCCAAUCCCAGAAGACACGAAUGGGUUGAUGUACUCAUGGAUUAUUGCAACCACAGGCGGUCACAGUACAGCGGCAUAUGGGCCAGAUUUUCUAGGAAACGUUGA